AUGCUGACCUGGAGCUGCAGCCUCCGGUACGGGCGGGCGGCCGGCGUGGCUCGGGGCCCAGGGCUGGCGCCUCCUGUCCCGGCUGAGGACACGCCCAUCCCGGCUGAGGGCGGGCAGCUUCGCGCAGGGGCUCAGAGGAGCCAAGUGGCUGCGGGAGCCAAGCAGGCGCAGGCUCGGGUGCCAGCCUCUGCUGGGCUCCCUGGCAGCCCGCUGAGGUCACGCCCGGGUGCUGGCUGGGCGGGGAGGACCCGCAGGCUCCCUGCCGCGACAACAUGGCAGCAGUGGAAAGCCGGACCCCCGAUCCUCGAAGACGCGCCUCUGGGCGGCUGGCAGUGGCGCCCGCGCCCGGCGGAGGGAGCCUGGCUGCCUGGGGCUGGGCCCUGCCUCGUCCUGUCACUGCCUGAGGACAGUCGUCCUCCGGCUGAAGUCCGAGUGGGCCGCUUGGGCAGCUGGGUCCCCGUGGUGGCAGAGCUGCGCAGCCCGGUGUGGAGGGUCCCUGUGCAGCGAGGUGCCAACGUGAGGGCUCAGUACUGUCCUCCGGGGGACACGAGGCCCAAGGUCAUUAGGUUCGUUGGACAGUUUGGGAAACUGAGGCCGCAGCCAGGAUUUGCGCAGUACCCUCCGGACAUCCAGAUGGGGCCCAUCCAUCCAGCCUGGCCGAGUGCCAGCUCCACCCGGCUGCCUGCUCUGCUACGUUGGGAAAGUCACUUAACCUCUCUGAGCCUCAGUCUCCUCAUCUCUGAAACGGGAGGAACUCAGCCCGGCCCGCCCGGCCCGAGGGAGCGCCCGGAAGUGUGGAGACGGCCAAGGUGGGCAGUCACACGUCUUGGCUUAGAGUCAGGCCCUGGGCGGGAAGGAGGGAGCCGAGUUCGCCUGGCCCCUGCCCUCCCGAUGGAUCGGGCUGCCUUGCAGGCCUCCGGGGCCUCCGUCCCCCUCCAAGGCCUGGCCUCGGCCCUGUGCCGCCCGCCCACUCUCGACCACGCCCACCCUGCUCGCCAAACUGCUCUUUUUAUACUGAGCUGCUCCCAAGAUCUCAGAAGUUCUGGGGUCGGGGACGCAGGAGACGGAGGGCGGAGGGGAGAAGCCAGAGGUCAGGGUCAUGGUGUCAAGCUCCUGCCCCAGAGGCCAGCACACAACCAGACGGGACAGACAGACAGGAGAGAGGAACCACAGGAGAGAGAGAACGUCACGGAGACAACAGGGACGGAGCCAGGCCGCGCGGGCCCCAGCACAGAGCCCCGGCCAGCUUGACCAGGUGCACCCGCUCUGGGUUCAGUCUCCUCAUCUGUGGAAAUGGCCCUGAGGUGGGCCCCCGGGGCUCCCCAGACUCCUCAUGCAGACACUGGGAUUUGAAGCACCUGGGAGCAGGGGGCCAAGCCUCCCGCCAGCCCCGCGACCCCAGGUCGGGAUGAUGCUCUGACAGGUGACCCUCCACGGUGGGCUCUGCACGUCCCCACCUAGCAUCUGGGGUGGGGACACGGGCUGUCUGUCCACGCCACGCAGUGACCUCCGCGGGCCAGGACUCGGGCUUGCUGACAGCAGCGGGCAGGACUUCUCCUGCCGUGUCCAUGGAUCUGCACUCCCGUGGCCACCCCGGUCCCGCGUCCUUAUGGUUUGCAUCUGAGGUGUCCCCAAAGCUCCCGAGUUCAUGCAGGGAUGUUCGGGGUGAAGUGGUUAGAUGGCGGCUGUGGCCUACUCAGGCCGUCCUGGUUUGUGGUAACUGUAGGCAGGUGGCGCAGGGCUGGAGGAGACCGUUCACCGGGAGUGUGACCUUGGGGAUGGCAUCUUGCCCCUCAGUCUGUCUCUGCUUCCUGGCCACCAGCUGAGUUUUCCUCCACUACACUCAUCCGUCCUGAUGUUCCGUCCCCUCUCGAGCCCAGAGCAAUGGGUUGGCCCACCAUGAACUGAACCUCUGAAACCACAACCUCAAAAUGAACUUCUCCUUUUCUGAGUUGUCCUUACCAGGUAUUCUGGUCACGGCAACAAACGCUGACUAACUCAGAGCGGGGUCUUUGCUGUGACGGGCCUGACCGAGCGGUUCAGAAGACCUCGGAACUGGUUUGCAGGAGGAGUUUG